GAGCAGAACGGACAGCGGCGCGCGGGAGGCGCACAGAGCUUUCGGGCUGCCAGCGCUCGCCGCGUCUGGGGAAUUGGGCUGUGGGCGAGGCGGCCCGGGCUGCCCUUUAUCGCUCGCGGGGCUGGUUCUUUGAAACUUUAUCAGCAAGUCUCGCCACUCGCCGCAGACGCGAGCGGGGGGCGGGGGCGCGGCGAGGCGCCGGCAGCCGUGACGAAGCGCUCCCGGCGCUGAGCGCUUCUGCUCCGGGCACGCAUGGCGCCCGCACACGGAGUCUGACCUGAUGCGGACGCAAGGGGGUUAAUAUGAACGCCCCUCUCUGUGGAAUCUGGCUCUGGCUCCCUCUGCUCUUGACCUGGCUCACCCCCGAGGUCAGCUCUUCAUGGUGGUACAUGAGAGCUACAAGUGGCUCCUCCAGGGUGAUGUGUGACAAUGUGCCAGGCCUGGUAAGCCGCCAGCGGCAGCUGUGCCACCGACACCCAGACGUGAUGCGUGCCAUUGGCCUGGGUGUUGCAGAGUGGACGGCAGAGUGCCAGCACCAGUUCCGCCAGCACCGCUGGAACUGCAACACGCUAGACAGGGAUCACAGCCUCUUCGGCAGGGUCCUGCUCCGAAGUAGUCGUGAAUCUGCCUUUGUUUAUGCCAUCUCCUCAGCUGGAGUUGUAUUUGCCAUCACCAGGGCCUGUAGCCAAGGGGAAUUAAAAUCCUGUUCCUGUGAUCCAAAGAAGAAGGGAAGUGCCAAGGACAGCAAGGGCACUUUCGACUGGGGCGGCUGCAGUGAUAACAUUGACUAUGGGAUCAAAUUUGCCCGAGCAUUUGUGGAUGCCAAGGAAAGAAAAGGGAAGGAUGCCAGAGCCCUGAUGAAUCUUCACAACAACAGAGCCGGCAGGAAGGCUGUAAAACGGUUCUUGAAACAAGAAUGCAAGUGUCAUGGUGUGAGUGGCUCCUGUACCCUGAGGACGUGCUGGCUGGCCAUGGCCGACUUCAGGAAGACGGGCUCCUAUCUCUGGAGGAAGUACAAUGGAGCCAUCCAGGUGGUCAUGAACCAGGAUGGCACUGGCUUCACGGUAGCUAACAAGAGGUUUAAGAAACCAACAAAAAAUGACCUCGUGUAUUUUGAGAAUUCUCCAGACUACUGUAUCAGGGACCGUGAGGCAGGCUCCCUGGGUACAGCAGGCCGUGUGUGCAACCUGACUUCCCGGGGCAUGGACAGCUGUGAAGUCAUGUGCUGCGGGAGAGGCUACGACACCUCCCGUGUCACCCGGAUGACCAAAUGCGAGUGUAAGUUCCACUGGUGCUGCGCCGUGCGCUGUCAGGACUGCCUGGAGGCCUUGGAUGUGCACACGUGCAAGGCCCCCAAGAACGCCGACUGGACGACCCCCACAUGACCCCUACAGAGGUCACCAUCCACCUUCCCUCCUGCAAGGACUCCAUCGGAUCUACAAAGACACUGGACCUUUGGGUUCUCUCUGGGGGGUUGUUUCCUAAGGCAUGUGGCCUCUGUCUCAACAGAAGCCCCCUUUCCCUCCCUCAGGGCCCCACAUGCUGCAGGUAAAGCACACCUGUUCCAUCCGUCCUCCAGCACUCUGGGGAAGCCGCUCUCUAGUGAGUUCUCUUAGGAAAGGGUAUGACGGGCUACUCUAAGGGGAGGGUGCUGAGCCCAGACCACAGUCGCCCUCCACCUAGAUUUUUCCUCUUUCUAGAGCAAUUGGCCAGGCAGGAAAAAAAAAAAAAAAAAAAAAAGAAUAUCUCAAAGCAGUUGUCUCUGCAUCUUCCAACAAAUGCUCCCGGUUAAGAAAUUCCAUACGUCUCUUCAAGGGGUAAAGAAAGCGCAAUCAACAGACACUGAGUUAACUUUAAUUCUUGACAAAACCAAAGGAGGCUUUCUGUGUCUGAUGUAUUGUUUUCAUAGCCACCAGCCCCAGGGGUGAUUGGUAAUUGUCUGAAGAAGGAUGGCUUUCAAUAAACUUCAGGCUUACAAUGCAUAGUUUCCAGUCAAUGCCCACAAAUAGGGCAUUGUUGCCACAUUAAAAUCUGAUGUGGUAAGGUGGGAAUGUAUGUGCUUUGAUACAGUGGCAAUAGCAAAAGCCUCAGAAAGGGUCUGCUCUGCAUUACCUGCCCCUGAUGUAAAGAAUCUUGUGGGGAUGAGACUUCCUUCUCACUCAGGAUCAGAAGGGAAUAAAAGAGACUGUAGGCGACCUGGCCCCACUGUGUAACUAUUAGGUGAAUAUGGCAGAAAUUAAUUCAGUUCAUGGAGUAUCAGCAAAUGUGUCUGUACAGACAAAGAAAAAAAAGGGAGAAUAAAAUUCCUAUCUGGUGUGAUGCUUUGACCCCGGGCAUUUUGUAACUGACAUGACUUUGAGAAUGAAAACUUUUGGGAUGACAAGAGCAGUGAACCAAAAUGCUGACAGAGAGAUUUCCAGAGCUAAAUCACACCUGGGGCAGCCUUUACCAUAAGCAAAUGCCUAAGAGAAGUUGGCCACGUGUGCUGAGGCACAGCAGCCAGUACCCCUUGCCCUUCAGACACUUCUUAAAGACCUGUCAUGCUUAAUUAUAUUUCUUCCAUGCUUACAAGAUGACGUGAUGCUGUAGCCUAAAGCAAAUGACACACAGCUUUGCGUAUGAAGUUGGUAAUCCUCCCGUAUUAUAUUGCAAACAAAUCAUAACUUGGAGACUAUAUUUAAGGGACACACUGUAAUUAUGGGAACAUCGCUAUGCAAAUUGUGGUUGGCUUCUGCCAUCAGCCAAAAGAUGAUAUUCGGGGAAAAUGGAGAGACUGCCUGCCUCGUUUUGCAUAGUAAAUGAAAGAAAGGUGAAACAGAGCUACUUCUCAUCUCUGGAACAAUUUGGUUUUUGUUCACAGGAUUUCCUCACAGGAGCUACAUUAACUAACAGGAUAGAUCAUUCUAUGCCUCUGGUGUCAAGUUAUUGAUGCUUGCUCAUUUUUUAGCACAUUGGCCUUCAACUUCUCUAUUCUUACUUUGCAGCAGGUCACUGAGACUGAGGCUCGUGGAAAACAACCCGCUAGAGUACUUUGUCAAAGUUGAUAUGUGCCUCGUACGCUUCUUAAAAAUGACAGGAUUCACCCCCUUUCCUGCACUCCCAAGCCCCUUAAUUAGUUGUCUACCUUUUCCAAAGUGGCCCUUUUUAUUCUAUGGAUUCAGAGGGCAGGACCAGUGGGGCAGGACAGUAGCUGCUCUGAGCUCAGUGUGGGGUUAGGCUGGGCACGUACCAGCUGCUCAGCCUCAGCUCCACUGGAGCUUGCUGUGAGUGCCUUCAUGGGAAGGCAAAGGCACUUUCUUCGGGAUCCCAAAGCCAUGAGCUCUUCUUCCUACUAGAUGAACUGCAAAAUCAUAAAGCCACGGAAACGGUUAGGAAUGGAAAGGGUCUUAGAAGACAUUGUAGCUCCCCUCAGUUUGGGGAAACUGAGAGCAGGAGAGGCAAAGGGAUCUCUACACAUAUAGGCCAUUUCCCAGAUCUCCAUCACAAAUAGAGCCACACUCUAGGAGUGUUUGAGAAAGCGAAGCACUUUAUCCAUGAACCAAACUAGUUUCUCACAGCAUUAAUUCAGUGGAUUCUAAAUAAUUCUAGCUUCCAGGGAUGCUCGUUGUUUUUUGUAUUCCUGCCAUGUUUAGAUCUGACUUUUUUACACUGAAAUGCAUCCCUCCUGACAAGUAGCAAGGGGGCAAGGCCUAGCCCUAUAGAAAUCUACAUAAAUGUCCUCAUCUACAAGGCAGAAUAUGGCAACCGUGGCAGGCACUGCCACUGAGGAGGGCAAAAUGAGAGGGUGAAAUUUGGUGUGUGUGUGUUUUCUUCUGAAAGAGGAAAUUUCUAUUCUAUUAUUUGAAAAAAAAAAAAAACCUUUAAAAAAAAGAUAAUUUUCAACUCAGUUUUUUAGGGCUCAGUGGAAGAUCAGUAUUCCAGGAUUCUGAAAUACACAAAACUCCUUGUUAUCUGAUGCUUUUAAGGAAAAGUAUGGCACGAACCACACCCCGGCUAAAAAAGUCAAAUCCAUUCUGGCCAAAUGUCCUUACGAAUUCCCUCCUAAUAAAAAAUCUUAUUAUAAAUUAAAGUUUUCUAGUUCCAAGAUAAUGCUCAUUAAUUUUCUGCAAUGUCCAAAAAAGGUCCUACAAUAGGAGAUAUAGACGAGUUAACUGGAGUUUUCUACAAUAAAGAUGUAAUCUGCAUGGAACUCUCAGACUUAUCCUAUGAGUUGCUUUCUUCAACUUGCCUAAAUUGGUUUGUGGUGUUGACUGGUGUUUGUCUGUAUCCUCAGAGGAUGUUUUAGCAAGGUGCAUUCUGGUCACAGCAUCCUGCACAGUCCCCUCAUGGUCUGAAAGAGUGAACACUCUGCCUUAAAGAUGAGGCUACUCCCUCUCCUGACACACCCAAGCACAAAAGGCCCCGGUGCUGUGACCACACUCGGCUCUGGCUCUGUACCCCUGGGGGAUGAGGGCUAAGCGGCAUGUUACUGGACUACAGAUGCUUCAGGAUGGAAUUGGGAAAGACACAAGGCACCCCAGAGCACUAACUAUCUGCUCUCACUCAUCCCAUGUCACCAGCUUGAAAUAGACUUCUGAAAAGAAGGGUCUCUCCCACAGCAGUCCAGUCUGGGUGCAGCCAGAGGAUAGGAAAGGAUGAGAGAGGGAAAGAGCUGGGUGGCUUUUGCCAGGUGACUGCCUGAGCUUGGUGAUCACGGACAUGGUCUUUUGUGCUCUUGCUGGGAACCCUGCCCAUCUUCCUGCCACUGCUUCUGUUCCAGAGGCUCAGCACUAAUUCCUGGGACACUGUGAGGCCCAUGGGCUCAGGGGCCCAGGCCAUGGCUGCUACGUCCUUACCUGCUGUGUAGCUCUGUUCCAAGUGGCCAGGAUUAAUUUCAAGAGCCAUUUUGAAAUUGUCACAGCUAUAUUCCUUUUUGUUAGAAUUAUUAUGAUGUCUGGAAAAAGUUAGGUAGCUUUAAAGUCAGAAAAUCCAAUUCUGGGCUAUAGUUAUUUAUGAAGGAACCUCACAUUGACUUCAUGAGACCUAAAGCAGGGCUGUCUCCAAAGCGGCCAACAUGACCGGGCAUGCGCUCUGCUUUUUCAGGUCAGGAUAUUGUUAUUACUUCUCAGUUAUUAAAAGCCGGCCCAGGGCUGGUGUUGUCUUGCUCAGCUGAAAAACAUCCAUCUCUCCCUCUUGCCAGCUCUCAAAAUAAAGGCUCAGUGAGGUGUCCAGUGGACCAGAACCAUUCUUUUGUGUCUAUUUACUGUACUUCAACCUGGGUUUCCUUAUCUUGAGAGCAAGAGUUGUACUCAACAAAUAGACCUUGCCAGUUCCAACUCUGGUAAAUAGCUUUGUCAGGUCUGUGCUAAACUUCUGAAAAGCAAUCUGCUAGUGUGAGCUGACAGCUAAGCCGGGCUUCUUUUGACCUUCUCCUUACCUAGGUAGAGAACAUUUUCACUCGACCAUGAGAAUUUUCUUUACAUUUUUUCUGAGGAUCAGCAAGGUGACAGGUGGUUUGCAAAACUCAACAUGAUGAUUAUUUUUCUAAAUCAUAGUUGUUCCAGCACUUGCUUUUUUCCCCUCAUAUUCACAUGGAUUCCUGUGUAACCAAACCUCCCACUUCCACGAGCUAAUAAAAGUGUCACACAGAUUGUUACAAAGAACUAUUGUUAUUUACAAGUCUGCAUUUUCUGUGAAAUCAAAACAUAAUAAAGUGAAUUUUCAGUGUUAA